AUGGGCCCAUAUAAUGAGAAGGACGAACGACAGAUGGACGCUAAGUCUCUGGAAUGGUUUCCUCGCGAAGAAAACGUCCUUGAAGGAGGCCACCGAUUAGGAGUGGAAUGUAUCAAUCUUCCUGUCGAUCUGGACCUCGCGAACGUCGCCACCGCAGAUACCAACAUCGUGGAUGAUGCUAGCGAAAGACAGAAACGGAUGGAAACAGUGCUGUGGUCUGCACGACAAGUGAAGACACCUUCUAAGUAUCUAAGUAACUAA